AUGGUGAAUGCAAAAUUGACACAACGUCGACGACAAGUAGAAAAUAAACGUUCAUCAAGCCAUCAAGAAAAUACGACAAAUGGUGAUAAAAUAGCAGCCGCCGUUGCCGCUGCUCGAAGUACACGUCGACGUACAACACCACAUUCGUCGCAUAGAUCACGUUUUGAUUAUUUAUUAAAAUAUUUUUUUAAAAAAAAAUCAUUAAUUUCCAUUUCAUCUUACAUUCCAAUUAUUUUCAUAUUCCUCAUUUGUUUAGCAGUUAUUUAUUUUGUUAGCAUUUUAUUUAUUAAUAGUCAAAAAUAUGAGUAUACAAAUGUUCCAUUAAAAUUACCAAAAUUAGUCAAUGUUAAUGAUACAGCACCAGAAAAAAAUCCAGAACGAUUUUGGGGAACAUAUAGAUCGAAUUUAUAUUUUGGUGUUAAACAUCGUAGUCCCCAAAGUUUAAGUGGAGGUCUCAUGUGGUUUGAUUCUAAAAAAAUACACCAAUCAAACGAUCAUUUUUUGAGACAUUGGUGUGAUCAAAAUGAUCGUCUUCCAUUCUAUGGCUGGACUUAUCAUGACGGUGAAAAAUUUGCUAUUGAACAGAUUCAAGAUGAUAAUUUUCUUUUACAAGUAGAAUGGGUAAAACAUUUGGGUGGUCAACAUGGUGGUGAUUGGACAACUCGAGUAAAUGUGAUACCACAGGUUAACAAAACAGACUCAAUGUCAUUAUUUUUCUAUUUUCAUCAUGAUCUACCAUGGAUGGAUGAAAUUAUUACAUCGAAAAAAUCUAAUGAUGAACAAUAUCGUGUAACAACUGUUCGUGGUCAAACCAAUGAACUUGAUGCAUUUACAAUUAAAUUUAAAAUUCCAUCAGGAAAAGAAUCACAGAUUCCACUAAUACAUACGUGGACCGAUCGUUUACCCAUUCAUAAUGUACAUGAAAUAAUUAAAAGAAAAUUAGUACCAUAUGACACUUCUUCAUCAUCAUCUACUAUGAAAAAACAACAGCAAUACAAUCAUUAUUAUGUUUUACCUGAUCAAGAAGUCAAAUAUUUUGAGCAUAAUUUUUUUAUUUUACAAGUAACAUUGACACAAUCAAUUGUAGAACCAUUUACAUUUGAUAUUAUUUAUGAAUCUGACUCAGUAAAUCGUCAAAAUGAAUUGAGUGGCGUAUAUUUUAAUGAACAAAUAGUACAAUUACAAAAACAAUUUGAUGAACGUUUUGAAUCGAUAUUUCAAUUAAAAACAAAACAAAAUAUGGAUACAAAAAAAAUUAAUUUUGCACGAUCAACAUUUUCUAAUCUACUUGGUGGUGUUUCUUAUUUUACGGGUAAGAAAGACAUUUACAAGAAUAAUUAUUCGAAAAUGAAAAUAAAAAACAGAAGUUUAGGAGAAGAAAUAAUUUUUUAAAAAUCAAUUUAUUGAACUUACGAGGGAACUACCCCAAGUGUUAAUCACAGAUGCUAACGAGAGGUAUCCCAAUCGACAGAGCUCGACGAGCUGAUUCUAGUGGCAUAAAGCAUUUUUCCAAAUGUACGUUUCUUGAAGACCCAGUUUUCUAGAAAACCAGUUUUUCAGAACUUUAAAAAAUAACCAAAACAUUUUUAAAUAAGAUAUAAUUGUAGCGCGCACAUUUCUGAUUAAAAUGAGACAUUCCCCAGCUCUACAUGACGUUUAUUUGCAAAGUUAUAUAAUUUACAAGCAAAGCCCUGAAAUAAUUUCUUCUUAUUUCUGUAGCUUUGAGCCGGCAAUGAACAUUUAGGGCUUUUCUUGUAAAUUCUAUAACUUUGCAAAUAAACGUCAUGUAGAGCUGGGGAAUGUCUCAUUUUAAUCAGAAAUGUGCGCGCUACAAUUAUAUCUUAUUUAAAAAU